UCUCUUUCAUUCUCAUCCUCUAUCUGUCGUCCUCUAACCCUAACAGACACUUCCGUGCAAGCCUGUCCUUAAAACAGUCUUUCCAACUAUUUAUUUUUUUUUUUCUCGGAAAAAUCACUUAAUAAAGGAGAGAAAAGAUGCGCACAGAUCAAACAGGAAAAGACAGAGCGUGAGACUGAGGAAGAGAGACAGACAAUUGAGAGAGGCGAGAGUGGUAGAUACAUAAUCUCAGACAGAUAUGAUGUUGAUUUUAUUUUUCUCGCUUCUGUGUUUGGCUCAUAUGUUGGGGCUUUGAGGUGACUUAGCCCAUUCAUCCUCAGAUAAUCAAGGAGCCUUCUGCACAAUUAAAGCUGCUGGCCACAUGCUCGCUUGGAAGAACAUUAGUUUGUUCCUGCCGUAUGUUGUUAGUGCUGCUGCACUAUCACUUCUAAAACUGUACAGAGGGAGAGAGCGGAGGAGGAGGGGUUAACACUCGUCCCGCCUCCCCUCCUUCCCUCUCGCAUAAAAGGGAGGCAGACGGAGCCGAUUGUCACUCACGCUGAAGAAUGAGGUCCUUAAAGCACCUGAAACUUCACAGCAGGAGGAACGUGGAGGAGGCGAGCCGGCGCCUGGGUAGAUGUGAGCCCAAGGUAAUGGCCAGGCUGGUGGACAUAAGCACACAGACAGAUCCCGUAGUUGUGUUGUCCUUGGCCCAGGCCGCCGUGCUAGGUCUCAUCUCCCAGAAUGAAGUGUUUGGAGCGACCAUUGCACCCAACGGCUUCUACACCGGUGAACCCAAAGAGUCCCCUGCACCACCAGUAGACGGAGUCGACUACGAGUACGCUGAUCAGCUUAUUGGAGCAAACGGAGAUUACCUCGGAGACAACUUAGGAGAAGACGGCCAGAUGCAGCCUAGCUGCAGCCAGAGGAGGUGGCAACAGGCGGCGCCGCCGCAACAUGUGGACACGAAAAUGGGCAUUCCCGAUCGUCACACGCUCCAAAGCGGUGACGUGACCUCACCCCAUGUGAAAGGGGAAGUGGUGACCUCUGCUUUGUCCUCCUGUGUCCACAUGCUGAACAAUAUGGCUCCAAGAGGAGGUUUAAUUCAGGUAGAUCCCGCCACUCUCAGAGUUCCCAACAAGAACUGUGCCGAGUGUGAGCGUGAAGUAACCAACCAGCAGCAAGCUAACACUCACGUCCAUCCUCCUCCUGCCCAAGUGGUUCACAGAGGAGCAGAGCAGGGCCACAGGGGACUCCAGGCCCAGCGUCCUAUGGGGGCCCACGGCCGAGGUGGUAGGGAGGAUGAAGAGGAGGUAGAACACCCUGUAAACACUAUGAUGAAGCCCACUCAGCAGGAAGAAGCGAUCAGCAGCUACUUUCAGACCAGUGAGGUAGGCAGCUAUGAUUCUACAGAUAUGGGCAUGGGUGGUGAGUACGAAGACAGCAGCCAGAGCAUGAUGUGGACUGACGGGAGCGGCGGAACGCAGCACCAGCAGCCCCCACACCCCCCACACCCUCAGCCUCCCCGUCGACACGGCGGCCGCAGAGUAGACCGGCUAGAUAUAAACAUCCAGAUUGAUGAGUCUUACUGUGUGGACGUAGGAGACGGUCUGAAGCGCUGGAAGUGUCGCAUGUGCGAUAAAUCCUACACUUCCAAGUACAACCUGGUCACACACAUCCUGGGCCAUAAUGGCAUCAAACCACAUGCCUGUCCGCAUUGCGGAAAGCUCUUCAAGCAGCCCAGCCACCUCCAAACCCACCUGCUGACCCACCAAGGAACACGGCCCCACAAAUGUACCGUCUGCAAAAAGGGCUUCACCCAAACCAGCCACCUGAAGCGACACAUGCUCCAACACACUGACGUCAAGCCAUACAGCUGUCGGUUCUGCCGCCGGGGGUUCGCCUAUCCUAGCGAGCUGCGAGCGCACGAGGUGAAGCACGAACGCGGCCGCUGCCACGUCUGCUCACAGUGCGGCAUGGAGUUUCCCACCUACGCCCACCUCAAACGACACCAGACCAGCCACCAAGGCCCCCACACCUUCCAGUGCACCGAGUGCAACAAGUCUUUUGCAUAUCGAAGUCAGCUCCAGAACCACCUUCUGAAGCACCAGAGUCCAAGGCCUUACACCUGCUCCCAGUGCGGCCUGGAGUUUGUGCAGCUCCACCACUUACGUCAGCACUCGCUAACUCAUAAGGGAAUGAAGGGCCACAAGUGUGAAGUGUGUUCUCGAGAGUUCACCCUGUCUGCCAACCUCAAGAGGCACAUGCUCAUCCACAACAGUGUCAGACCCUUCCAGUGUCACGUCUGCUUUAAGAGCUUCAUCCAGAAGCAGACCCUCAAGACCCACAUGAUCGUCCAUCUGCCUGUUAAACCAUUCAAAUGCAAGGUCUGUGGGAAGUCUUUCAACAGAAUGUACAACCUGCUGGGCCACAUGCAUCUCCAUGCCGGCAAUAAGCCCUUUAAGUGUCCUUACUGCACCAGUAAGUUCAACCUGAAGGGAAACCUCAGCAGGCACAUGAAGGUCAAACAUGGAAUGGACGUCUCACCAGAAGGACAAGAAGUUCUUCCAGAAAUGGAAAACCAGGGGGAAUAUGAAGACCAGAACUUCAACUUUACAUCACCAGACAAUAUGGACAACAGUGGUUCCCAAAACCUCACAAAACUCACCACAGCGAACAUGGAGGACAUGGAGGAGUACUACAAUUUUGGGAAGGAUACGAGCAACUACACCACGCCAUGAGUGUUAAUGAAACAGAGAAGAUGUUUUUUCCCCAUCUUCUUAAAGCUGAUGGAAAUUACAGCGUCGUUUUCUCAGACUCUAGGAAAGAUUUUGUUUUUGUUUUGUUUUGUUUAUCUUAUAACUCAUGCCUCCUUCCAGAAUCUGACGGACGAUGAUGGGAGGCCCGGAAGCAGACGUGCUUCAAAGACGUUUCAACCCCACCGUCUGCAGCAGAGACUCUGAAGCUGCUGAUGUGGUCUGCGGCUCCUUUCACAUAACAACUAGACUUACUGACUCACAAACUGUCGCUGAUGGACUGUCAGAUCUGUAUGUUGUGUGUAUGUAUCAGUUACUAUGAAGGAAAAAAAAACACUGCAGAUGUGGAAAAAAAAAAAGAAAAUCCAUUCUUUGCCAUCUUUGUUCAGACACAUCCAACAUACGGUAUCAUAUUUGGGACUGAAAGUGCCAGCUAGAAAUAUUUUGCAGCUCACCGUCCACCAUAUCCACCAGUUACUAAAUGCUGACAUUUUGAUAAAUAGUCGCAACAUAUUUACAGGUUUCAUCAGUUCUAGUCAGCCGUUUCUAAUUGUGGUUGGCUGUUUCUCCCAAGCUAUCCACCUAGACGUUGACAAGGUUCAGCUUCCAAAGCAGUUGUGCUGUUUUAUUUUCCAACCAGAGGACACGUUCAGCGAUAUUUGCUACUUUCCCAUGCUGGCCUUGAAAACAAAACUGCUGGCAUGUAAAAGCCCUUUCACUGUACAGAGGUUUCUGCAACAUGCAGUGUGUUUACCCACAGUUUUUAUUUCACAUGGUCUAGCUUUACAUGAAUAAUCUAUCCUGUGUAGUGAAUAUAUCACUCUAGAUUUUGAAUUACUGAGUAAAUAAUACAAAGCACUUUUGUUGAAACUUUUUCGUUGGGGAAAUAAGAUUGUAAAAUCUUUCAGCCCCAGUUAUGGCAAUAUUAUUAAACUAUAUUAUUAAACAGA